AGGAGGGAAAGGAGCCAGAACUCAGCAGCCAUGAGUCAGCAGUUAUCAAAACCAUGACCAAAGGACCGCCUGCAAUCCAGGGUCGAGUCCCAAAGGCUGGUUUAAUCACCCCAUCUUCUGGUAUAAAGGGUAAUGGAAGUGCCAGUGUCCCCAGGGGUCCUGUCCCAACCCGGCCUUUACCUCAGCCCCAUCCUAAAGAUGAGGACACCCUGGUCCAGAUGGCAGAACACAUCCCUGCUGGUUUUCGUACGCCCAUGUGUGCCCACUGCAAUAUGGUCAUCAGAGGGCCAUUUUUGGUAGCAUUGGGAAAGUCAUGGCAUAAGGAGGAAUUUAACUGUACCCACUGCCGUAAAUCUCUGGCAGAUAUAGGCUUUGUGGAAGAACAGGGCACUGUCUACUGUGAACAUUGCUAUGAAGACUUCCUCGCUCCAACAUGCAGCCGCUGCCAGGACAAGAUACUUGGGGAGGUGAUAAAUGCCCUCAAACAGACGUGGCAUGUCCACUGCUUUCUGUGCGCUACCUGUCAGCAGCCAAUCAGAAACAACACCUUCCACCUGGAGGAAGGCGCGCCAUACUGUGAACAAGAUUUUUACAGUAUGUUCGGUACCAGCUGCCAUGGCUGUGAGUUCCCCGUUGAGGCUGGAGACAAGUUCCUAGAGGCCCUUGGUUACACCUGGCAUGAUAACUGCUUCGUCUGCGCUGUGUGCUGCAUUACUCUGGAAGGCCAGACCUUUUUCUCCAAGAAGGACAAACCUCUUUGCAAGAAACAUGCUCACACACUGAAGAUAUGAUUGUUCAGUGGUGUUGGACUUUCCUCACACAAUUUCUAGCUAUACAUUCCCCCUUGCUUAUGGGGUGGGAAGGCCUCUUAAAAGUUCAUGGGACAGUAAAAGACAAGCACUACUUACAUAGUAACAUAGCAGCCAGAAUAAGGAAAACACUACCAUGUUUGCAAAAGUGAACUUACCCUUCUAUGGGACACAGAACCAUUGUAAGUCAAAAACUACCAGACUUUCCUAUCCAUUUUCUACUAUAAGCAGCAAAGCUGGCAGUAAAGAAUCCUUGUUUUUAUCAUCUUUCAUCAAAAAUAGAGAUUUUUAUCUGGAUUUUUGUUCUGACACAUUAAAAAGUAGAGCGUUUUUUCUGUUAUUAGUGCAAUGUCUGUUUUCAACCAAAAGAAAUCCUGAAAGUCAUACAUUUAAUAAUACAAAUAAUGUUUUGAUCCUGGUCUCUUUUUCUUUAUUCUUUUUUUUAUUCGUAUCUCAGAAGUAAGAACCUUUUAAUAACAUCAUAUUGAGUAUUGUAAAUCAGUGUACAAAGACGCUUGGGUAGUAACCUUUUGAUUCACACAACACUUGAAAUGAUACAGUACCAGAAAUGCGUGAAAAUAUACCAUAUAUUAAUAUCUAUUCUAUGGGAACACAGUAAGAGUAGGUUAUUGGACAAUUAUUUCAUGAGUUUAUUAUUGUUUGUUUGAAUGUUUGUGUUGCUGGAAUCAAAUGUAACAAUCUGAUCUGCAGCUAUUAAAACAAAAUACACUCGGACAAUUCUUGUAUCACUUGUUUGAAUACAGGUGAGCUGGAUGUCUGAUGUUAUGGUAAAACCUCUUGUUUUCUUAAAUAAUUUAAUGUAUUUUAUGUUCUCAUGUGUUACUUGUUAAAUGUUACCAGUUUCAAAACAAUUCAUUACCUAAAUGGCCCAUGACAUGUAGAUGAAUUACAAUAUAACAACAUAUAAAGCCUGUAUUAUGUAUAUCCAUGUAUUUCUCCUUAUUUUGAUACUAUGAUAUGUUUUGAUUAUUGCAUAGUAUUGAGUGCCAUAUUGUAUAAUUUGUCAUAUUCAUAUUUUUAGUAUUUUACUCAUAUUAUAAUAUAAAUAUUUAUUUUCAAUGGUAUAAUAACGGCAUACAUUUCUGCUUGAUGCAUUUAUAAAAGUGAAAAGCUCUUUCUGUCAUGGCCUGCAGGAAAAUAGGGUCAAACAUAUUCUUAUUGUAGUAAACAGUAUUUUUAUUCUGUUUUUAGAGGUAAGAUAUGUGUUAUCUGCAAACAUAAAUUAAUUUACUGUUUAGGGAACUGGGUUUUUGCUUUUUAGGGAAUGGUGCAGGGAAUGGUGCAGGGAAUGGAUGUGGAGGGGGGUAGACGAAUAGACAUUUUGUUGCUAUGGUCUAUUCUUUUUGGUUUUCUAACACCAGAACAAAUGGUAGCAAAACUCAUCGUUAUUAAUUUCACCUGAUUAUCAUUAAAGAAAGCUUGUUUCUUUUCUGAAUGAGAUCAAACGGGUGAGUACAGUGUACAGCAGUAAUGGGGCAUAGUAAACAGUUAUUCAAUCUCACAAACUACAGUUGGAACUAUCUGAGUUGUUUGAUAAAUGAUGCUUUUAAAACCUCUAGAGGCAAAUCCUGUGUUUAAUCUUUAUGUUUGAUCUCUUCUCAGUCAGUGUAAUACUAUCUUACCACACUAAACUUCCUGUAUUAUUGCUUGAGGAACCACAUGGCAGUACAGAGGAGUGUGACAUAAGCAGUGUGAAAUGUAGAUUUUAACGCAUGUCUCCACCAUACUGAGAAAAGGUCAAAGGAGACACGGUCACGUCCUCACUGGG